UCAUCAGUUUGUACAGAUGAGCAAAGUGAGAGCUCUCAAAAAGGCCUUACCCUCAGAGCUGCAUGAGCCAACAUGCUGCAAACUAUGUUUAUGACACAGAUAACUCAGAAUUGGAUCCCUAUUCAGCAAGAAUGGGUUGGCUAAGGACAGAAAAACAGGAGUGGGUUUAUUUGCACAUAAAAGCUGAUGUGACAGAGCUAGGCCUCAGGCCUCACUGCAGUGGACAAGAAACAGAGGUGCCCAAGCAACCGACUCUCUACAUGCCCAUGCUAGACCUUUCUGCCCUUCGCUAUGCAGUGGAGGAGUGGAGGAAUGCCUACAAGAUUAAAACCUCCUGGCAGAGUGUGACUACCGAGGGCUUAAAAAAGGCUCUCGCUAACCAGCACUACCAAGUGCGAUUGGCAGCCAUUGCUGCUUGUGCAUCAAUAGCAGUUAACAGACCACAAGCUGAUCCAGAUCCAGGUAAAAAAGGUUUGUCUGUCAGUUAACAAAUGAGUCCAUGAUCUGGUUAACACAAAGUGCUGAAUCACUCAGUUCAGGCACAGGUAAUUGAAACACUACAUAAAAAACAAGCUUGACUUGGAAACACACACUGAAUACAGAUUCAGUCCAUUACAGGGCAUUUGACACUCCCACAUUCACUCACUAAACCACACCAAAGAUUUUACAACCCCAAAUCAGAAAAAGUUGGGACAGUAUGGA